UGUAUGACAACAAGAUUAAAUGAAUCUGAGUAUUACAUUACUAGUGACGAUCGUCUCUACUUAAAUAAUACCCAACGUUUUCUGAACCAAUCAGAAUUCACUCGAGAUUCUCAAGAUAUAAUAAGUAUCUGUGUAAACAAUGGUACCAAUAAUAUAUCAAAUAUCAAUGGUAUAUCAAAAUAUUCCGUAGCUGAGAGCUAUAUCACAUUAGUGGGACUCGUAAUCUCUAUUCCAGCUCUUGCAAUCACUAUUAUAGUCUAUCUCUGUAUACCUGAUCUCCGUACCUUACCAGGUAAAUUACUCAUUAGUCUUUUGUUAGCACUGUUUGUAGCUGAACUUCUCUUUCUUAUCUCAUCACAAGUCACUAAAUCUACAGUGCUGUGCAAAUAUUUAGCAGUAGUAAUGCAUUAUUCGUUUCUAGCGACUUUCUUCUGGAUGAAUGUCAUGUCAGUUGAUGCCUGUCACACAUUCUCAGGACUCACACAACUUCGAAGUAAAGGAAAACACACCAAGAGAUUUGUAUUUUGUUCCUUGUAUGCUUGGAUCUGUCCACUUGUAAUAGUAACAGUAUCACUGGUAUUUGAGUAUAUUCCUGGAAAUCACGGACUUUCCCCAGACUAUGGAAAAGAUAUUUGCUGGAUUAAAAAUGGAAAAAGUCUGCUAUGUUUUUUUUUAAUCCCUGUAAUGAUUAUUUUAUGUCUUAAUUUCGUAGCCUUUACCCUCACCGCUAGAGGGCUCUAUUUGGCACGUAAACUUUCAACGAAAUAUUUAUCUAAACAUAAUAAACUGGAGUGUAUCAUUUGCGUAAAACUAUUCUUUAUCAUGGGACUAACAUGGACAUUCGCAUUUCUGUAUACGUUUACAAGAAUUGAAGAAUUUUCUCUAUUAUUUUGUAUUUUAAACUCAUUCGUUGGAUUACUUAUAUGUUUAUCGUUUCUAUCAACAAGUAUUGCUCGACGCAGUAUUUUUCAGAAUCUGCAAAAAAUUACAAAAACAUCCACAAAAGAAUCUGUUGAUGUUAAUUUCGCUCAUAAAACAACAUCAACGAAUAUAACUCCAUAGUUGUGCAGUCAAGCUAACCAAUGUGGGUUACUCAAUAUCGUCAGUGGAAUGAAGAUGGAAAUAAUGGAUAAUAAAUUAUAUAUUAAAUCUGAAUAAAUGACAUGAUGGUUCUUACUAGAAUACCUUUGACUAUAGAUCUUCGAGACUAUGAAUCAGCUGAGAUUACCAAGUUCAACAAUUAACAACAUUCUGAACUGAAAUUCCUAAAAUGCCGAUUCGGAAAAAAAGAAAUGAAAAAAUAAAA